AUGGCGCGUCAGUUAGUAGAAGAGAUUGAUAAAAGGACAUAUGAUCCUAACAUUUACUAUACAAGUGCGGAUCCACAUACGAGGUCCUUCAGGGGCAAGAAGCAAAAAAAUAGUUCUAACUCAUCUACAUUCAGGUCAGUGAAGCGGGUAAACUAUUCAUUAGCAGACUUGGAGGCUAAGCUUUACAUGUCACAGGAUAAUGCAAAAUCGCAACAGGAUAAUCAUAUUGCUAAAGGUGCUACUAAAUAUGUAAGAGAUAGAUUUUCUCAACAACAAAUUAUGCAAUCCAAAAGACGAUUUAUGGAAUUGAAUACUGAAAAUUUAGGUGAUCUAUCAGAAAUUCCAACAUUAUUAAGUAGUUCCACUGGUAUUAAUAGAGAUAAGAUUAACUCUGAUACUACAACGGUUUCCCAAGGAAGUUCGGAUUCAUCAUCCAGAUCGAGUAGAAACAAAUUUGAAAUACCGAAAAGUAUAUUACUGUCAUACAAAUCAACAAAACCGUUAAAACCUAAAAAGAAAAGUACAAAUAGGAUUGUAGCUUUAAGAAAGGUAUUGGUUUCCAAACGUCCAUUACAUACAUAUUUUGAUAUGUUGAGUCAUGUUGAUAAGAGCGUAAUACUACAUAAUGUUUACAACAAGAAAUAUUUCAAGGUAUUGCCUUUGAUCACAGUAUGUUCGAUAUGUGGUGGCUAUGACAGUAUUUCAAGUUGUGUGAAAUGUGGAGAUAAAGUUUGUUCAUUAAAGUGUUACAAUCUACAUAAUGAGGCUAGAUGCACACAUAGUUAA